AUUGCUAUGUAAUGUGACAUGAACUGCGAGUGCGCCCGCUUGUGGCAGAAAUCUAAAAAACAAGGCCAGCUGAUCUAGUGUCAGCAGCCAGUUUGUUUAUGACUUGAGGUUAAACUACCAAACAUUGAUCUGAAGAUGAGUUCAGUCAGCAACGCACAAUUAGUUUCCCUUGAUGGUGGAUGUUAUCUUGUGUGUUGUGAAGAAUCUCAUGAUCCAAUUCCAUUGCCACACUUGGAACGUGUUAUCGUUGGCCGUGGGCCGCAGACAAAAAUAGCAGACAAAAGGUGUUCACGACAGCAAGUACUGUUGAUUGCAAAUCAUACCAAGAAAACAGUUAAACUUAAACAACUUGGUGCCAACUCUUGUUGCGUUGGAGGAAAGGAAAUAGAAAAGAACGAUGCAUUACUUUUGAAACACGGCGACUCUUUUGAAAUAAUAACUGGACAGUAUAAAAAUGAAAUAUACUUCAGCUGCGUUGCAAAAAGUCAAGGUUAUAUACAUUCUAAGACUUCUACAAUUGUUCCUAAAGAAGAAACUGAUAAAGAUGAUGUCCUGAGUGAUGCAGUUGCUAGGAGACUGGAUGAAAAAGAAAAAACAUUUUCUAAGAGAAAUAUUCGUGACUUUUUUGGGUCAGGUAAAGAAAGCAAGAAACGAAGAGCAUCUGAUGAUAAUGACAGUCAUGACAACUCAAAAAAGUUAAAAUCACAUGAGGAUGAUCCUGUUGAUGAGAAAGAAGAUGUUUGUAGAGGAAAAGUGGAAACUGAAUCCAAGUGGUUGAAUCAUGGAAAACUCCUGAUGUAUACUGCAUGUGGAGUACAGGCUAGUAGCAAGAUUGCCGGCUUUGAUAUAGAUGGUACUAUUGUCACUACAAAGUCAGGAAAAGUAUUUGCCAAGGACACCAAUGAUUGGAAAAUAAUUUAUGCGGAAGUACCUGGUAGACUUAGGAAGCUAAAAUCUGAUGGUUACAAGAUUGUGUUUUUUACUAAUCAGCUUGGUAUCGAGAGAGGUCGACUCAGUGUGGACUCAUUUAAAUCUAAAGUAAUAAAUAUCUUGGCGAAACUAGGAAUACCAAUACAGGUCUUCGUUGCCACAGGUAAAGGAAUGUUCAGAAAACCUGCUUUGGGAAUGUGGAGUUACCUGAAAGAUUAUGCAAAUGAUGGUAUCUCAAUUGAUACAAAAAAUAGCAUUUACAUUGGAGAUGCAGCUGGAAGACCAGUAAAUUGGGCUCCUGGAAAGAAGAAAGAUUUCAGUUGUAGUGAUAGAUUGUUUGCUUUGAAUGCUGGUUUACAGUUUAAGACACCAGAAGAAUUUUUUCUUAGUUACAAAACAGCACAGUUUGAUCUUCCUAAAUUUGACCCGCGCAAGGUUGACAAGACUACACCAUUGUUAAUCCCACUUGAUGCAAAUGUUUCAUCGACAACACAAGAGGUUAUAGUGUUGGUGGGGUACCCUGCAUGUGGGAAGUCAACGUUCACUAAAUUGCAUCUUAUACCAAAAGAUUAUGUUCAUAUAAACAGAGAUACUAUUGGUUCAUGGCAGAAAUGUGUGGCAGCCUGUGAAAGUGCACUAAAACAAGGAAAGAGUGUUGUAAUAGAUAAUACAAGUCCAGAUAUUGAGUCCAGAAAAAGCAAAAUUUUUCUUGUUCUUUCUAAAAUUCUGAGAAAACUAAAAAAGUUUCGAGAACUCUCUGGUGUUGGUAAAGACCAUGUAAUCAAUGACAUGGUUUUAUACAGUUAUCGAAAUAAAUUCAAAGAACCAACCCUGGAUGAAGGUUUUAAUGAGAUUGUGCAAGUUAACUUUGUUCCACAGUUUCAACUGAAAGAAGAUGAAGAACUAUACAGAACGUUUUUGGUUGAAAAAUAA